AUGUGUUUAACACUCAAGUCACUCUUGAACACCAAAUAUUAUUUAUCAAAAAGGGAACCCUUCACAGCCUUGACAGUGGCUACCCUAAUGAUUGUAGGUGGGAUAGGUGUCGGCACCGGGGUGGCAUCAUUAGUAAAGCAGAAUCAAGAAUUCAAUUCGUUGAGGAGGGCUGUAGAUGAAGAUUUAGCCCGCAUCGAACAGUUGAUCUCGGCCCUUGAAAAGUCUGUAAGAUCCCUGUCAGAGGUAGUAUUACAAAAUCAUAGAGGAUUAGACUUAAUAUUUUUGCAACAAGGAGGAUUAUAUGCUGCUCUUAGGGAGGAAUGCUGUGUAUAUGCAGACCACACGGGAAUUUUGAGAGAUACAAUGACUAAACUAAGCGAAGGCCUCAAACGGAGAAAGAGGGAGAGAGAGGCACAGCAAAGCUGUUAUGAGACUUGGUUCAAUAGCUCCCCUUCGCUUACCAUGCUACUAUCAACCCUUGCAGAUCCCUUGAUAUUGUUGUUACUAAGUUUAACUUUCGGACCUUGUAUUUUUAAUAAAAUCAUAGACAUUGUAAAAGGAAGGCAAGAGGCAGCUCAUCUAAUGCUAAUUAGAGAUAGGUACGAAGCAUUGCCCAGGGACUCAGAAGUAGAUGAAACCUCGGUCUUAAGCCACCAAGAGUUAAAGCAUUUUAAUGAACAAAUUGGUAAAGAUAAAAAGGAGGGAUUGUAA